AUGGUGUUGGCGUUUGUGGAUAAGCUAUGCAGGAAGCGUACCGGUGAAGUGGACGGUGCAAUGACAGACCGCGCGGAGAAGUUAUUGAUGCGGUACGCACAGGCUAAGUCAUUUGUUGAAGACCUGGAACAGCUGAAAAAAGGAAAAUCAUUAUAUAGGAAAAGUAAUUUACUUACCGUAUCACCGUUCCUCGACGAGCAGGGUGUCCUCCGGGUGGGAGGCCGCAUCGAUGCUGCGCCUGGAAUAGCAAGAGAUAUGAAGCAUCCAAUAAUCUUAGAUAGACGUCAUCCCACAGCAAGGCUUAUCAUAAUGCAUUACCAUAAAAAAUUCGCCCAUGGAAAUCACGAAACUGUAAUAAAUGAAAUAAAGCAACGAUUUUGGAUAUUGCGGCUUCGCCCAACGGUCAAAAAUAUAGUAUCAAAAUGCGUGCUAUGCCGAAUCCGCAAGGCGCGGCCGCAACCGCCAAGGAUGGGAGACUUACCGGAGGCGAGGCUAGCACACCAUCAACGACCCUUUACCUAUUGUGGGUUGGACCUCUUUGGUCCUAUGAAAAUAGCUGUCGGACGACGGCAUCAAAUAAGAUAUGGCGUGCUAUUUACAUGCAUGACUGUAAGGGCUAUUCAUAUAGAACUGGUGCAAACACUUACCACGGACUCCCUAAUAAUGGCCCUUAGAAGAAUGGCGUCGCGACGUGGCUGGCCGUCAAAUUUGCUAUCUGAUAAUGGAUCUAACCUGAGAGGCGCAGCUAAUGAAUUGAAGAAGGCGAUGCAUGAGUUGGACCAGGACAUACUGAAAAGGGAGGCCGUGAAUUACGGCACCACGUGGACUUUUAUACCGCCGUUGAGUCCCCACUGGGGUGGGGCCUGGGAACGCCUGAUUAGAACCGUGAAAACGUCGCUCAAGGCUAUCCUCAAAGAAAGAGUUCCAAGAGAGGAAGUCUUGAUCACUCUGAUGGCAGAGGUCGAACAGAUAGUCAACAGUCGACCUCUCACUCACGUCUCUGUUGAGCCUGCUACCACAGAGGCGAUUACCCCUAACCAUUUUCUUUUAGGUACUUCCUCGAACCUUCCAUUGCUCGGGGCAUUUGAUGACUCCGACUUGUUCCUGAGGAAGCAGUGGCGCAUCUCACAGCUCCUGGCUGACCAGUUCUGGCGUCGCUGGGUGAAAGAAGUCCUACCACAGAUGCUACCACGGAAGAAAUGGCAUCACGAAUCCCAACCACUACAGAUCGGCGACUUAGUCGUCAUCGUCGAUCCCAAUAUGCCGCGAGGCGUCUGGCCCCGAGGCAUCAUCGAGGCGGUGCUGCCAGGAAGGGACGGGCGCGUGCGAGUGGUGGACGUGCGGACGAAGUCGGGGCUGCUAAGGAAGCCUGCAGAACGCGUCGCAAUCCUACCUGUUGGAGAAGAGUGCUGA